GUAUAUCUGCGCUGCUACGGUGGGUACGUGCAAGUGCAACAAGUAGUGGUACUAGCUAGUACUAGCAGCUAAACCAUACACACAUGGCAACUGAGGCAAAGAUACAGAUUCAUCAAGCUCAGCAGAUUGAGGACGUGCAUCCCAAGUUCCACUCCUCCCUAUGGGGUGACUUCUUCCUUCAUCAUGUCCCAUGCCCUCCAGUACAAUAUUUGAUGAUGAAGGAUAAGGUCGAAAUAAUGAAGGAGGAGGUGAAGAAAAUGUUACUGGAUGUUGAUUCUUUUGAUUUGUCUGAUAAAUUAGAGUGUAUUGAUACACUAGAACGGCUUGGAUUGGAUUAUCACUAUACCAAGGAGAUUGAUAAAUUAAUGUGCAAUAUCUUCAAAGCUAGCGAUCAAGAUCUUGAUCUUCCUACAACAUCACAUCUUUUCUAUUUGCUUAGGAAGCAUGGAUAUCAUAUUUCUUCUGAUGUAUUUUUGAAGUUCAGAGAUGACAAAGGAAAUAUUGUAACAGAUGAUGCAAGAUGUUUAUUAUUAAUGUAUGAAGCGGCACAUCUUAGAGUGAAAGGGGAAGAAAUACUUGACAAUAUUCUUAUUUUCACCAAGAGUCAGCUUCAGUGUAUUGUAGAUGAUCUCGAACCACAAUUGAAAGAGGAAGUGAAAUAUGCAUUGGAAACACCACUUUUCAGAAGGCUCAAAAGAGUACAAACGAGGCAAUAUAUCUCAAUAUACGAGAAAAAUACUGCACAUAAUAAUAUGCUCCUAGAGUUUUCAAAGUUAGACUUCAACAUUCUGCUAACCCUAUAUUGUGAGGAGCUAAAAGAUCUUACACUAUGGUGGACAGAGUUCCAAACACAGGCUAACACGUCAAUCUACGCACGAGAUAGGAUGGUGGAGAUGCAUUUCUGGAUGAUGGGAGUAUUCUUUGAGCCCCAAUAUUCCUAUUCACGAAAGAUGCUUACGCAACUAUUUAUGAUUGUGUCUAUACUCGAUGACUUGUAUGACAAUCAUUGCACCACAGAAGAAGGCAAUGUCUUCACUGCAGCACUAGAAAGGUGGGAUGAAGAAGCAGUGGAGCAAUGCCCAACAUACUUGAGGACUUUAUAUGUAAAUAUACUUACCACCGUAAAAGCCAUCGAGGAGUGGUUGAAUCUUCAAAACAACAAACAUGCGAAGUUGGUAAAAAGACUGAUAAUCGACAUGGCCAAAUGCUAUAAUGCUGAGACCGAAUGGCGUGACAAGAAAUAUGUGCCAGCCACGGUUGAUGAGCAUCUAAAAAUUUCAGCACGUAGUAGCGGUUGUAUGCACUUGGUGAGCCAGGGAUUCAUUUCAAUGGGAGAUGUGGCAACUAGCGAGGCUAUUAAGUGGGCUUCUACCUAUCCGAAAAUCAUUCAAGCUGUCUGCAUUAUUGCACGCCUCGCUAAUGAUAUAAUGUCAUACAAGCGAGAAGAAACAUCACAGAAUAUGGUAUCUACAGUGAAAACAUGUGCAAAAGAAUAUGGUACCACAGUUGCACAAGCCAUAGAAAAGCUUAGAGAGCUGAUCGAGGAAGCAUGGAUGGACAUCACCGAAGAGUGCCUGAGGCAGCAACAACCAAAGGUUCUUCUAGAGAGGGUGGCCAACCUGGCUCGUACAAUGGAUUUUCUAUACAAAGAUGUGGAUGGAUACACUGAUUCACGGAGUAUUAAAGGCAUAUUGGAUUCAUUGUAUGUGGAUCUAAUCAACUAAAAUUAGGCAACAACGUGGCUAUAUAUAAUAACCAUAGCUGCACCUGGACAACAAUUCAAUAUGCUCAUGUUAGUCGUGUAUAUAGAGUUUGUAGUAUUGAAAAUGUAUUGUGUUUCUCGCAAUAUCUUGCAGAUAUACUUUAGUGAUCUAUUUCUAUAGGAAUAUAUUUACUAGCUGAAACUGUAAAAUCCAAACCUUACUAGGUUUCUAAGUAUGGCCUGUGGGUUCAUAACUAUUGUACAACUUGAGGUAAUGAUUGUGAAUUAAAAAAUUCCUUCUUA